AAAAAAAUCAACAAAAAUUAUAAACCACCAAAGUAUCUGUGGCUCUCAAGGCUUCACAUCACAUAUCAUCCAUCUCCUGCCUUUUAACCUCCUUCAACCAAAUUUUCCAUUCAGCAAUGGCGACUUCAUCCAUCACUGCAACUAAUUCCUUUUCUUCCUCCUUCCAUGGAAGCUGGGGCAGCACCAUAGCCGGUGAAGAUUACUCCACCAUGCUCACAAAGACGACUAGGGUUAGAUUCGGAAGAAAUCCAUUAAGUUUUGGCCCAAUGAUGGGAAACGUGAAUGAAGGGAAAGGACUUUUUGCACCAUUAGUCGUCGUCACUCGUAACAUAGUCGGAAAAAAACGCUUCAAUCAGCUUAGAGGAAAAGCAAUUGCUCUACACUCACAGGUAAUCACCGAGUUUUGUAAAUCGAUAGGGGCCGAUUCCAAGCAACGGCAAGGGCUAAUUCGUCUAGCGAAAAAGAACGGAGAGAGACUUGGAUUCUUAGCUUAACAUACUUUUAGUUUUUCAUAGUUUGUAUCAAGAUCAAUAUUUUUUUUCUCCUCAAAUAUUUCAUAACUAUAUAUAUCAUCGAAAAGUUUAGCUUUAAUAUGUUGGUUGGUAAUCAUGAUUUGAGGAAUGGCUUUCAGAAUUGGAAAAAUAAUAACAUAUGUCAACUUCAAAAUUGAACAUACGAUACGAUAGUAAGUAGUAAAUAGUAUCUACGAAGUCACUUAUAUUGCAUGAAUUUACACAUUGUACCGACCUUAAUUUUGAUGUUCUUGUCUCGGAAUCAUCCUGAAUCACAUUCACAAAAAAUGGCAGAAAUGGAAUAAAGAAAUAUUUAUAUAAAUAAGAU